AUUCUGUGUUGGUCCAAGCCGCUUCAGUGAACUGGGCAUCCCUGAAUCUAAUAAUGUAUCCUGUUUUGGUUGUUCCAAUACCUGCCACCUGCACAUCUUUAGUGCUGUGUGCAUUCAAGAGAGCCGUUCUGAUGCGCGUGUUAGCUGUGUCUGUUGGUAGGUAUCAUGUGAAUCAGUUUCCUUCAGUGGUAUUGGUGUCCGUGGUGCGCCGUGUGCUGAUUCAGACGCAGUGAGGCUCCUUCCAGGGCUGUGGGGGGUUGUUCACCGGUC